GGAAGAAGAGCCCGGACCUUGGGGAGUAUGACCCCCUCACCCAGGCCGACAGCGAUGAGAGUGAAGAUGAUCUUGUGCUUAACUUGCAGCAGAAGAACGGAGGGGUCAAAAACGGGAAGAGUGCCCUGGGGGACCUGCCGGAGCCCGACUCGGAUGCAGACCUGGCUGGGGCCGCCAAGCCACAUCUUUCAGAAGUCGUCCCAGAGGGUUACCCCUCGGAACCCCUCGGGGGUCUGGAACCGAAGGCCACCUCUUCCCUGGUGUCCUAUGUGCGCACGUCUGUCUUUCUGCUGACACUGGUGAUCUCGAUGGUCCUGGUCCUCCUCUGCGCCUUCCUCAUCCCCUGUCCUCCCAGAGACCUGCACAGCACCUGGAGCCGGCGCCUGGGCUCCCAAGGAGGCCCUUUUUGUUUCAUUAUGUGUACGCCAGGCGGGGACCUGUCUCCCCUGGAGUUGGCUGAUGUGAAUAGAGAUGGCCUUCGGGACGUGCUUCUCUCCUUUGUGACAACCAGGAAUGGGACUGAAGGAGGUGGCGGCUCACAACCGACUGCAGAUCUUGUGUGCCUUUCGGGGAUGAAUGGCAGCACACUGUGGUCCAGUCCCCUCCCGGAGGAGGCUCAAGAUGUCACAUGCUUGGAUCUGACACCGGGAAGCGUGGCCAAAACCAUCUGCCUUGUGACAGGGACUCGCAAGAUGCUCAGUGCAUUCAAUGCAACGUCAGGGAAAGUCAUGUGGACCCUAAACCCGAACCAUCUGUCCAAUGGCACCUUGGCUGCCCCCGUUGUGGUGCUGCCGGACCUGGAUGGAGAUGGUGUCAGAGAUCUGGUGGUGCUGGCCAUUGGAGAAUUGCAGCCAGAUCUGUGUUUUCUGCUGGUAUCGGGCCGGACAGGGAGUCCCAUAGGCCGACCUGUGAAAUACAACAUCGUGGGAGUGGGGAAUCUGAUUGGUCCCCAGGUUUACAUCACCACCAGUGGGGCUGCCUACAUCCUGUUUGGCUUUGGAAAUAUACAAGCUGUCGCCCUGCGGGACAUCUUUGUUCAAGCCCAGAAUCGAGACAGCUCACCACCGUCUCUGCAGAUCGAAGAGCCAGAAUGGGAGAAGCGCAGAUCUGUCAACCUUUCGGAGCUCAUCGAUGUUUACAGUGAUGGAGUUGAGCUUCUCCAGUUGGUGAAGGCACCAGACUCCAACUGCAGCAGUCUCUUGAUUACAACCAGACAAGGCCUGGUCCUGCUUCGGGGACAAGAUCUUAUGCCACUCUGGAAACUGAGCCUUCAAGGCCUGCGCAGCCAGCCCACUCCUGGGUAUUUCACUGAUGACCAGACAUUGGACUUCCUUCUGCAGACACAGGAUGGAGUUGGGAUGAAGAAGAUGACAGUGGUUGACGGUGCCUCUGGCUCCAUCAUCUGGAGUCACAGUAUACCAUGUCACAUGAAGGAAACACCAACCACUUCUGCAAUUACUUCAGACCAGAAGUCUGUCUUCCUCUUCUGGGCAGAAGCGCUGACCACGGCAUCUCUUAAUUCUGAUGACGUCCCAGGAGCUGAGCCUCCUGGUCUUUACCACCUGUACCUCCUGCACCCAGCCUUCCCGUCUAUCCUCCUGGACCUGACCAACACCACUGGCAUAGUGACAGCUUCCGAGGUUGGAAUCAAUGACAUCUGGAAAGAUGCCUUUUAUGUCACCAGGACAACAGGGAUGAGCCCUGAUGGGCACCCCACUUCUCUGGUGAUCAGCAAGCUGAGCCUGCGCUGGGCGCUCAUGGAAGGCCAGAUGGUCCAGCUGAAGGAGACCACUCCUAAAACUGGCCGUGGGGAGCUGCGAAGAUUCCUCUCCAGGAUCAAGUUUGUUGAUCCUCCCUACCAGCAGAUCUAGUGCAGUGGAACCCGGAUUCAGAAGAACCAUACAGAGCGGCUCCUGUCCCUCCUGUGUCAGCUCUCUGGAGAGAAGAGGACUUCAGGGUCACGCAGCACUUGGGGACCGCUGGCUGUGCUUUGGCAGCCUGUUGGAGCUGCGUGAUGCAGCAUGAUCUGCUUAGCGGGACCUCUUGCAACCUUCCCAUUCCUGCACUAACCCCUUUUCCUGGGAACUCUGUGGACAGUUUGGAAAUGUGAAUCUUACAGUGGUUUUUUUUGUUUUUUUUUUACCUCUAAUUUAUAAACCCUUGCUGGGAAAUCCAGUGGCCUACAAGCAGGACAUAUGUUGUUUUGCAUUAGGCCGUGUGUGUGUGUGUGUGUGUGUGUGUGUGUGUGUGUGUGUGUGUGUGUGUGCGUCUAGUGUUGUUGUAACAGAAUUAUUUGAGAUAUGCCCCAAGCUUCAGGGAUUCCAUUUCUUGUCCUCUUGACAUUCGUCUGAUUUGGUCAUCUUCAUGUGUCUGGCUGGCCUACCUCUGAGAUCCUGAGGGUCACUCACCACUCACUACUCACCACUGUUUUCUGUCUGUACUCUGGUUCCUUCUCAACUCUAGACAGCAGUGAGAAACACUGGAAGUUAUGAUGGGACCAGUUAUCCGGUGUGUUUAUCUUCCUGUCUCCUCGGCUCUCCACCUCUGUUAAGUGGUCAUGAGAACAGACUUGUUUCUAUCACAAAGGGAGCCAGGGACAGAGUUUCUGUGAAGCCUCUGACCAGGACCUUUUGUGACCCUGUGAUGGCUCUGCAGCUAUGAUCUUUGAUUCUAUAGCCAUGGCAGAAGAGUUUGCAUGUACACAGUGGCCAGCUUCGAGGUUGUAAGCCCCAUGGCCUUGUCCUAGCUGUAGCUCCACUAUGCUUGCUCUGAGUCUUCUCUGGGCCAUCUCCAUCUCUUCCUCCCUUGCUUCCUCUUCUAUUCAGGGAAUCUGUUUCUGGACUUUGCAACCACUCUGCCCUGUGUUCCUCCUUCCUUCUAGAGCUUUUGAAGCAUAAUAUUGAGAAAAAUUCUCAUGUAAAUACUAUAACUUUAUAUAAUCAUGUUCUUUAGAAUUAUCUCCAUUCUUCUGCCUUCUUUGUAAAUGUGUGGCCUCUCUUUAAUUUUGAAUCUUCCAAGUGUCUACAUCAUUGUCUGAUAUGCCAUGUGUUCCCAUGGUGGCCAAUGAAAAUGUACUUCUCUUCCUGAGUGAAAACCAGAUUUUCUCCUCACUUGGGCUCAUAUCCUUUUAGCUUGUGUUAACAAAGAGAUCCCAGAAAACUAGAUUCUAGAUUUAAGGGGCUAUGAAUUGCCCACAAUAGGUGUUAUGGGUAACAGGAGGUUGGUGUAGUCAGUCCGUCCUGCAGAUUGGGCUCAUCAGACUUGUUGGCACCUCUCCAGUAAGACCCUGGAAGCAUAUUUGGAAGUUGUAUGGGACCAGGUUGACUUUGGGAAGAGGGAACAAUGAGUUAUCUGGAGAUAACUCUAGGUUCAUUUCUAGUAGGUUGAAUUUCUAUGAGUAAAAGGGCUGAAUAUAGUUUGUAGUCUUCUCAGGACUAGAUUACAGUAGACCAAACUCUCAAGUAGGUGGUGGCCUGGUUGAGCCCCCAGAUACAAUGUGUUCUCUGCAGUGUUGAUAUUCUAAGAAGCCUGCCUGUGUAGGAAGGAGGAAGGCACAAAGAUGCUUAAUGGAGACCUGUUUGGGUUGUACUGUUUGGGGCUGAGACCGUUUAUGCUGAUUGAGGUCAGGUAAGAGGAAGCCACAAAGACAGCAUCACUAAAGCUCCUUAGUAUUUUGGUAAAUAGCAUCCUAACUUCUUGCCAGAAGUGUAAAGCUCUUCCUUGCUAAAUGCAAUGGAAACUCUAGGCUUACUUCCUGUUAUAGCUGGUACAGAAAAGUGGCUGAUGGUUGAGGUGACUUCAUCUGGCCAAUGUGGGUGCUGGCCUCCCGUCAACUGCCUCUCUGCACUCCCUCCUCCUUGCAGCGACUCGCCCAGAUAUCCACAGCAGGAAUUGCUCAAUACUGGAUGACCCAAAGUCAGCCUGACCACUACACUUAGAAGUAAUGCCUGUAUAUCAUGCAGGGGUCUUCCCUCCCUCCUCUCAACCUCCCCCUCCCCCGCAGAGCAUCCUUACCACCCCCAAAUAUACCGUGUGGCGAUACCAACUAGCCCCAGGAAUGUGAAUCGCUGUCCACAUGCCUGUGUUGAGGAGCCAGGGGGCCUGUUGCCGGAGUGCACCUUUUAAAAUGUGAACUGUUACAGAACGAAUAAAUGCCGUGUACAGGAAUAUA